AUGUCGAGCCCUAAACGCGCUGAAUUCGUCCUCUUUGGCGACUCGCUGACUGAGUGGGGCUUUGACGAGGAUACGCGGGGGUUUGGGUGGUAUCUUAGGCAACUGUAUGCGGGGAAGGUUGAUGUGGUUAAUGAAGUCCUGUUUGGCGCGUCCAUGGUGCAGUGGAGUUUUGAGGAGGAGACGCAGGUUUUGGGGUGGGUUUUGGGGGAGAGGUAUAGGGGUGAGGUGGAGGUUGUGAAUGAAGGUUAG